AUGAGCAGUCUUUUGUCGUCGUACGAGUCGGAGUUCCGAACGAUUCUUGGAGAGGCCAAGACGUUACUGUCGGUGGCUCCCUCACAGCCCAUCGCUCAGAGAAACAGUACUUUGAAGGAGAUCGAGCAACAUCAGGAUGAAUUGCUCGAUUUGGUUGACCAAAUGGAUAUCGAGAUUUUGAAUAGCUCGCUGAACGCAGCUGACAGGGCCGCUUACAAGUCGAAACUCCGAGAAUUCAAAAAACAGGUCCAGACGGACGUUAAGUCGCCGCUGGCACAGCUCAUAGAUUCGAGGGACCGUGAUAUGCUUUUCGAGGGCUCUGGAAGUGUCGCUGGCGGUUCUGGGGCUGACGAUACGCAGAGACAGCAACUUUUGUCAAAUCACGCAGUUUUAAACCGCACAGGCGAUAAAUUGAGAGAUGCUUCUAGAGUGGCCAACGAAACAGAAGGAAUUGGGUCUCAAAUCAUGAUGGAUCUAAGGUCACAGCGCGAGACUUUGGAAAACGCCAGACAUACGUUAUUUCAAGCCGAUUCGUAUGUGGACAAGAGUAUCCGGACGUUAAAGACCAUGAGCAGGAGACUCGUGGCAAACAAGUUUAUCAGUUACGCUAUUAUCGCAGUUCUCGUUAUAUUGAUAUUGUUAGUUCUGUUCGCCAAGUUUAAGUGA